AUGUCGCCCUUCGCCUUUCCUGUCACACCCAAGAUGGCGGCCGCCCGGCAGCCGAGCGUGCCGCCAUCUAUGUGCGCCUCCGUCGCACCCGGCACGGCGGAGGCUUGCUGCCCCGCUUCCCCAGCGGCGGCGGCUGCCGUACCCAAGCGCCACGGGGCGGUGGGACCGGCGGGACGGGCUCCGGAGCUGAACGGGCGGCGAGGCGAGAAGGGCGAUGAGGAGCGGAACGGCGGCGCCGCGGCCGCCCGCGGGCGCUGGGAGUGGGGGCAGCCCACAGCGGCGGCCACCCUUCUGGCGCGGUGCCUGGCGGCGGGCGUUGUUAGCCAGGAGACGUUGGAAUUAACCUGUAGAAAAGCCCCAUGCUUUGUGAAAUUCUCAGAGAUGGAAAAAAUGGCAAACAUUCAAGCUGAAAUCAGUGAGAAGAAACUGAAAGCUGAAAUUCUGCAGCUGGAGAAGGAGACAGCAGACAUUGCUCACCCGUUUUACUUAGGCGAAAAAUGCCAGAUUUUGCAAGAUAUGAACAGUCACUUGGAAGCUGUACUGAAAGAGAAGAGGGCUCUUAGGAAGAGGUUGAUAGAGCCCAGAUGUCAAGACACCCUGCCUAUUGAGGUUACUUUUCACAAGUAUUUAGUAGAGUUGUUGACUGAGGCUGUGACUUUCACUGGGAAUCUUGAAAGCCAUUUGCAGACCGUAAGAAGCAUCCCUCAGAUACCGAACAUAAUAAAGAAUAUGGACAUUGCUUUGACAAAAAUCGAGUUGCUUGCAAUGGAGUUGGAGGAGCUGACAGAGCAAAUACUGAAAUGGAGAGAACUGCAAAAAGAAGUGUAUUCUGAUAGCAUCUGCAACACUGCUGAAUUGGACUUUGGCUUAUCUUUAACCUAACAAAUAAUUUUCUUCAAAUAGGAUGGCUAUUCAAAGAACUACCUCUUUACGCUCUUGGGUGAAAAAUACAACAUAGUUGUGCUUUAAUCCAAUAGGGAUUUUGUAGGUAGUUAUAUUUCUGUUCUUACGUUGCAGUUCUUCAAUUAUUAAAAACAAACAAAAAACCCAAAACAGCAAAACCAGCAAGGACAGUGAGCAGUAGUUCAUAGGAAGACAGGCUACUGAGAAGACUGUUCAGGAGUUUCUUUUCGAAGUAGUUGGACAGGAUUCCCUUGGAGCCUGUAUCAUCAGUGUAAAUUUGUUUUUAUAUUUCUUAUGCACUUGCUAGAGUUUCUCUAUUCGUUUUUAUAAGCGUCUUGAUAAAAUGGUGUAUUUUGUAUGCCACUACGAAACUGCAAUAAAAGCACUAGAAUUAAAGA